CUAAAUUAGCCUACCCUUCUUUUUCAGUAAAAGAUUAUUCAAAUGUUCAACUUUCUCAGACACACCAAGUUUGAAUCUUCCGUCAUUUUAUUUGACAUUCAACGAUUUUGUAUAAUGAAGACUUUUUUUACUCUUUUACUAGUCUUCAACUUCCCACACUACUCUAUAUUAUAUAUAUAAGAGUCUUCUUCAACCUAUGUUAAUCAUAUUCAUAUCUCUCGUCUCGUUUUCUUCACAUUUGUUUAUUCUUUCAAAGGUCUACAUUUUAUUUAUUUAUUUAUUUGAAUCUUCUUCCAUCUUCUGGUAAAAAGAAUACAAAGAGUGAUACUCUCUGAUCAUUUAACGCCAAGAACGUGUGUUGUGUUUAAUUCCCACAAGCAGAUUUCUACAUUGAAUAUUUUUUUGCAAGGAAGUGAUUAUUGUGGCCAUGGGUCUUGAAGUUGGAUCCUUUAGCUGCUUGACAUCAAGAACCAACAGUUUCAAGAAUCCUACCAUGGAGCGUUCGUUGAGUUUCAACAGCUGGGAGAUUCCUAAAGAGACCAAGACUGAUUCAAGUUUUGAGGUUUUGGAGACAAAAAAGUCAACUCCCAACACUUUGAAUGGAAGAAACUGUGAGAGUCUCCAGAUAAAGAAACCCACAGUAACUCCACCUGAGCCUUUUGUGUUCUUCUCCCCUAGACCUGUCACCGAGCUUGAUGCAGCUGCAACUACGUUACAAAAAGUAUACAAGAGUUACCGAACCAGAAGGAACUUGGCUGAUUGUGCUGUCGUUGUUGAGGAGCUCUGGUGGAAGACUCUUGAUGCUGCAGCUUUGAACAUAAGCUCUGUGUCUUUCUUUGAAGAAGAGAAACAUGAACCCGCUGUUUCGAAAUGGGUGCGAGCUAGAACACGAGCUGCUAAGGUUGGGAAAGGCUUGUCAAAAGAUGAAAAGGCUCAAAAAUUAGCUCUUCAGCAUUGGCUUGAAGCUAUUGAUCCACGUCACCGUUAUGGACACAACUUGCACUUCUAUUAUGAUGUCUGGUCAGCGAGCAAGAGCUCACAGCCAUUCUUUUACUGGUUGGAUAUAGGAGACGGCAAAGAUGUAAAUCUUGAAAAACAUCCAAGAAGUGUUUUGCAAAAACAAUGCAUCACAUAUCUCGGACCAAUGGAGAGAGAAGCAUAUGAAGUGAUAGUGGAAGAUGGGAGACUAUUGUACAAACAAAGCAUGACUCUGAUCAACUCAAGUGAGGAAUAUAAGUCUAUCUUUGUACUUAGCACGACAAGAACCUUAUACGUAGGUAAGAAGAAGAAAGGUGUGUUCCAGCAUUCUAGUUUCUUAUCUGGAGGAGCCACAACUGCUGCCGGAAGAUUGGUUGCUCGCGAUGGGAUCCUUGAGGCUAUAUGGCCAUAUAGUGGACACUAUCUCCCAACAGAAGAAAAUUUCAAGGAGUUCAUAAGUUUCUUGGAGGAACACAAUGUUGAUCUCACCAAUGUUAAGAGAUGUGCUGUGAAUGAGGAAUAUUCGUCGUCAUUCAAAUCCACUGCAGAGGAAGAAGAAGAAGCAAAAGAGAUGUCACAAGAAGAGAAAGCGAGACCAGUGUUUGAUCCUGCAAAGAGACUGUCUUGUAAAUGGUCAAGUGGAUAUGGUCCAAGAAUUGGGUGUGUUAGAGAUUAUCCAAUGGAGCUACAGACACAAGCAUUGGAGCAAGUUAGUCUCUCACCUCGUGUCUCACCAGCUAAUAUUUAUGGACCUAUUCCAUCUCCAAGACCUAGUCCUAAAGUUAGGGUUUCCCCACGGUUAGCUUAUAUGGGGAUCCCAAGCCCGAGAGGUGUAAAAUGCUAAAACACACACCCACACACACCUCUUUAACUUGUUUUCCAAGGAAGAGUGUGUUAGUAAGUGAGGAGAACCUAACCUCCAUCUUUCUUUGUUCUUUUAUAUCUUUUGAAGAUUUCGUUUUUUUUUAAUCACGAUUAUUACAUUUUUAUUAGAGUGCUUAUGACUCAUGAGCUUUUGUUUCUUUCUGCUGUUUUACUUUUGAAAUAAGAUGGAAAAUUCAAUUCAUUUCGAAAAGAGUAACAAUGAAGAACUAAGUGUUUAUCAAACCAUUUUUGGAAAUAAAUUGCAUGAAGAUAAAGUCUCGGUUGUACAGAUAUAAUCAGUUUUACUCAUCAUUUUUGUCACUCUAUGGUAAAAUAAACGUACCUCAUCUAUCAAUGUGUAAAUCAGUUCUUCUAAAAUCAAACUCUC